GCUGAUGCACAAUGGUAUAUGAUGGAAACUGAAAAGCAUUAUAUACACUUGAGGAAUAUGAUACACGAGGACUUUGCCUGUGGUGAAGACCAGCCAAUGGAUUAGCAUGGAUGAGCAUUAUUUGGUCUCGGAUUCAAAGGUAUGAAGGGAUAUAACUGGUGUCCUUGUUGGUUGCACCCACUGCAGGUUGUGCUAGCUGUCGAAUGUAUGCUUUUGAUGCAACCACCAAUUAAAGCCUUGGAGUAUCGGAAGCCUUCGAGCAGCAAUUUUUUUCCUUCGGUGUCAGUUGAAGUCCAGAUGUCCGCCUGGCUGGGCUACCUAGUAAUCAUUGCCAUCCCCUUCUGCCAUAGAAUACUUCUUUCACCCUGCCAUAUGCAGGAUAGUAGGCAGUUUGCCCGAUUGAAAGGCCUUUGGAGACACUAGACACCAACAAGCGGCAGAGGCUGGGAUGAAGACAUGUAGU